GCAAACUAUCAAUCAGUUCAACAGUCCAUAUACAUUUGUUGAGAACAAUGUAUGCACUGGUCAUCAACUCCUUUAAGGCGACUCCCGCCGUCCGGCGCAUCCUUCCCUGCGCCUCCUUCCACUCGCAGUAUAACAAAUUGCACGCACCUCAGGGCCAGCCACAAGUCCAUUCUACUGCCCAGGUGGACCAGUUCUACAUGUCCUCGUCUUUCCCGGACGAUUCUGAGAUGCCGCCUGUCAUGACACAGCGUCGAACAUCUGUUCAUGCCACGUCACAGUGGCGACAGGAAAGUGCUACGGACAGCGAGGCUGAUGUCAAGGCAGACAGAGGCGAGGCGUCGCCCGAGGAUACAUACCCGGGAGCAGAGACUGAGCCGACACUUGAUGAGAUGUGAUAUGGAAGAGCAUCGAGAAAACUUGGGCAGAGUUGUACCUCAAUGAAGAGGUACGGGCACGGUUUCGCGGGCGAAAACGAGUA